AUGUUCCAUUAUCUCACAACAACCUUGACAGUAUUGCUCAUUUGUAAGUAUCGCGCCGAACAGAUUGACAACGGAUUGCAAGAAGACCCUCAAAUCAGAUGUGGCAGUGAAAGUUUAUCAAUAAAUUUCAAAACUCAAGGAGCUUUUGAGGGGCAUGUGUAUGUGAAAGGACAUUACAGUAUGAAACAAUGUCGAACCGAUGCAACCCUGGAACCGAAAGUCAAUUUAACAGUUUCCUAUUCCGCAUGCGAUGUCAUCCGUCAACGAUCAAGCAACCCGAAAGGAAUAAUGAUGACAGCCACAAUAAUAAUAUCCUUCCACCCAAUGUUCAUCACCAAAAUCGACAAGUCAUACAAAGUUCAAUGCUUUUACGCAGAAUCCCAAAAAACUGUGACGCAGCAAUUGAAUGUGGAUAUUGCCAAAGAACAAGAGAAGAAAAUUUUCGUGAUGGUUGGAGACGAAGAAAGUGACGGGGAUAAUCAGACAUCCGGAGAUAGGAAGAUACUUCACAAGUUGAAUGAUCCUUCCACCGAAGAAAGGAUAAACUACAAUGUUCCGCUGCCAGAUUGCAAGUAUCGAGUUUUGAACGAAGGAAAAAAUGAGGAAGUCGCUUUUGCAACAGUCGGGCAAAUAGUGUACCAUGAGUGGUCUUGUGAAGCUCCCGGACAAAAUCAAACAUCCCCAUUCUGUGUGACAGUACAUUCCUGCAAUGUAAAAGAUGAAACAGGCAAGGAAGUGCAGAUUUUUGACGAAAAUGGAUGCGCAGUUGACAAGUACUUGAUUAACAACUUGGAGUACAGCAGUGACCUGACCGGAGGCCAAUUAUCUCAGGUUUUCAAAUUUGCCGACCAGCCGUCAGUGUUCUUCCAAUGCAAAAUACGUCUCGGGUUGAAAGAUGAAGAUGGAUCAUGUAAACGUUCCUCUGAUCAUUGUCCGGUGACUCUUCGUGGAAAACGUUCAACGACUACUGGGGAGAACGACUUUGAUGUAAUCUCUCAAACAAUGACUAUCCUGGAUAUUGAUGAACCGACAAAAUCUCACAAGAAAACUUCCGAGCUCCAAUUCUCCAAACUAUUCGCUGCGACAGAUGUUUGCGUAUCUCCAACCACCGCUUCAGGAAUCGUCGUAUUUGUUUCAUCUCUCCUUCUUGUCUGCCUCAUCUCCUCAUUUUUAUUAUGCUUCCGACAUCAGACCGUCAAAGUCAAACUUGCUCCAUAA